UGAUUUAACACAAACAUGUCCGAAAGCAUAGUGCCUUCCUCACCUUUUCCAAUUGCUACUAUAAUAAUACAAAUUCCUUAUUAUUUUAUAAUUUCAACCCACAGAAAGAAAUUAGUUUUGAUAAAAUAACAAUUCAAUUAUUAUUAUGUUACUAACUCUCUCUGUGUUAAAUAAAAGAGCCAGGCCAUCAGAAGAGACAAUGGGAACAGAGCCUGUUUAGUAUCAUUUCCUUUUGCACUUUCUUGAAAUUAUAAGUGUAAACUUAUUUGAUUACAUCACCUUUUUUUUUUUUUAAUAAAAUUCUUAGAACUGAAUGAAAAUGAAAAUAAUAAUUGCACCCUUUGAUUAUUAUAUGUAUUUGAAAGUUCUCUCUUAUUUAAGUCCUACAUCCAAAGCCGAAAAGCCAAGCAAAAUUUCACUAUCUACCAUUUUGGCAUAUAUGUUUUUAAGUUAGUACUUGGCUCUUCUUUUGUUCGGAACUCUGUUUUUUUUAGUGAAGUAACAUCUCUUGUUCAUUAAGAAAGAAAAUAAGGUUGUGUUCGUUCUUUGAAGUUUGAAGAAUCAAGGAGAGUGCUUUGUGGGUGAGAAAAUGUAUGCAGAAACAGGGUUGUUUUUCCCUUACAUGCAGAAAUUUUCUGAAGAUUUUCAGCAGUUCAUAGAUUACUGUAAAACCCAGAAACCCAAUGCUUCCACGAACAACCUUGUUCAGAUUUCCACAAUAUCCGAGUAUGACCUUGGAGGAGAAGGUGAUCUGUUCAAAGCUCCAGAGCCAAUCAUUGAAGAACCAAAUCUGGGGCUUGAUCCCAUGACUGCUGCCAUCUCAUUAAUCUCAUGUGGUGAAGAUGUCAUUACUUCCCAAGGACUUAAGGCUGCUGAUAUUGAAUCAAUCCAAAAUGAGCAACUUUUAGAGGUUCUCUAUGAGUGUGAAAAGGAUAUGAUGGCAAAAGCAGCUAUGGAAACACCACUGUCCCAGGUCCUUGAUAUCAAGAUUCCUGUUGUGAAGAUCAAUGAAAACCAAAAUCUUGAAAACAAAGUGCUCUCUGAUAUCCCAUUUCAGAAAAGUGUCAGCUCGAGUUGCUUAAGCUCAAUGGAGUGGGUGCAAGGAGCUGUAAUCAAGCCUAACUUUCUGGAUUUUCCUGGAAUGGAUUUUGGUUCUGUUUAUGGAAUGAGGAGAGCUUUUAGUGAAGGAGAUAUACAGACUCUUGGCAAUGGGAAUGCGAGUGUCAUCUGUUCUCCUCUUGAGCGACCAAUAAUGAUCAGCUGCUGUUCUACUGAAGAUCGAAGGGAAAAGCUUUCCAGAUACAGGAAUAAGAAGACCAAGAGGAACUUUGGAAGGAAAAUCAAGUACGCUUGCAGGAAGGCUCUUGCUGACAGUCAACCAAGGAUCCGUGGAAGGUUUGCAAAGACUGAAGAAUCUGACAACUCCAAGAGGCAGUAAUUGUUGACUAAUUCCAAAGUAAAACAGGAAUGAAGUAGCUAGACCCUAGAGGUGAUGGAUAAUAUAUAUAUGUAUAUAUAUCUCAGUAGUGUCAACUUGGCGCGCACACACAUAUAUCUAUAUAUAUAAACCUUUGUGGAAAUCUUAUACAGAGUUGAUGCUAAAUAAACCAGAACGUAGAUCCUGAGAAAUAAUUCUAUCUUAUUUGCUGUAAUAACCUCCUCUCCUCUCCAAGUAGGAUGUACAUAGUGUUUGUUCAAUAAAAUGAUGGCAAAGCAGAAAUUUGCACUUGUUCAUACAGGUUAUAUAAAA